AUAUAUAAAAAAAAAACCUCCAUUUUAGACUUAACACUUGUAUUGAAACAUUUGAGAAUUCCCGGACGUCAAUUUCACCCGUUUAAGUUUUAUUUGUGACAAUAAAAUAAAAAAUUACUCAAUUGAAUUUCGCAACCGCUAAAUACUCCUUAUUAUAAGAACAAAAUGUCGCGUUAUCGCGAAUGGGAUUUGUCAUGCAAAGUUUACGUCGGAGAUUUAGGCAGCAGUGCCAGUAAACACGAAAUAGAAAACGCAUUUAGUAAAUACGGACCUCUGAGAAAUGUUUGGGUGGCGAGAAAUCCACCGGGUUUUGCAUUCGUCGAGUUUGAAGACCCCAGAGAUGCCGAAGAUGCCGUCCGAGGACUUCAUGGAACGAGAUGCUGCGGCACUCGUGUAAGAGUUGAAAUGUCUUCAGGAAGAAGUCGUCGUGGUGGUGGUGGAGCUCGUCGCCCUGGUCCGCGUUACUCUAGGUCGCGAUCCCGCAGUCCUCGUAGAAAAUCAAUAGGCCGCUACCCCAGGUCGCUGUCCAAGAGUCCGAAGAGAUCACCCGUUACAAGAUACUCCAGAUUCUACCAGUGUCAACUCCUAGUUCUACUCGUCUCCCCGCCACUACUACUACUACUUCUACUACAGCCACCGUGAAAAAUAAAUAAACAUCUAGCAAUAAAAAAAAGUAGACUUUAAAAAGUCAAAAAAUGAGUUUAAGUAAAAACAAAACAAAAAAAUUAAAAAAAAAAAAUAAA